AUGGAGUGCUUUCUCGACAAAAUCCACGAAAUAUACACGCCGGGAGAUGUAAUCAUGGUUCACGACUAUCAUCUGAUGAUGCUGCCUCGCCUUCUUCGACAACGCUUGCCGGACGCACAUGUCGCAUUUUCUAUGCACACUCCCUGCCGUCAUAUACUUGAAACGCCAGGGCGGCUCGGAGAGUUCCUUGAAGGUAUCCUUGGAUCGAAUAUCGCCACUUUUCUGGAGCCCGAAGACGCGGUGGAUUUUGGAAGCUGGUGUGUACAGAACUCCUUUGAUCGGCCAUCAUACUGGGCAACUCGAGCUAUGGAUUCAUGCACCAGUGUUCCAAUGGGCAUCGAUGUAUCCGGCAUCUUAUCAGUUGCACAAAGCGAAGCAGUUAGCGAACGGUGCGAGACUGUAAGAAGAGCUUUCGAAGCCAGAGCGCUUGUCUUGUCGUACGGCACGCCUGGCAGCAAGAUGGAGAUGGAAGAAGUAUCGAGAGGAUAUUCUCAAUUGCUGAAACAGGCGCCCUGGUGGGAGGGAUGCGCCAUCUUUUUAGAAGUAAGAUGCACAUCUAGGGCUGGCGAUUCCCCUGAACAGUACAGCAUCUUUGAUGACAUAAUGGACUCAAGCGACACUGUGGCUAUACGGUGUGAAGGUCCUGUUUCAGAGCUUGAUUUCCAUGCUCUGGUACGAUGCAGCGAUGCCGCCAUUUUCUCCUUUGCUCCCGGCGGUCCCAUGACAGCAGCCCUGGAGUAUUUUGUUUGCCAGCCGAGAGGCGAGAAACGUCCCAUCGUCUCAGAUUUGAACCCGAUAGGCUAUCAGGUUCCAGGCAUGAUCCAAUAUCGCCAGGGAGAUUAUGACAGCAUCGCGAGGACAAUCGACUAUACCUUGCAGCUCCCUGGCGGGCUAUGGAUGGGGAACCCUGGGACCCCUCGCCUCGAAGACUACGAUGUGGGAAUCUUCAACACUGCGGAGUGGUGGGCAAAAGUUGUCUUGCGCCAUCUCAUGAAGAACCUGGUGCGUGGCUGUAGGUCGGCAGGCACUUACGAUACCGACGUGCGCGGCUCACGCUCACCUGAGGCCUUUGCCGGAGCCUAG